AUGCGAAUAGUGUUUUGGUUUUUGUUGGCAAUACAGUCUCUAACCACCUGUUUUGCGGCGGUCGUUGGUUUAGAUUUCGGUACGCACUAUGUAAAAGAGAUGGUGGUCUCUUUGAAGGCCCCGUUAGAGAUCGUAUUGAAUCCUGAAUCUAAGAGAAAGGAUGCUAGUGCGUUAGCAAUUAGAUCAUGGGAUAGUCAGAACUAUUUGGAAAGGUUUUAUGGAAGUUCUGCGGUAGCCUUGGCAACUCGAUUCCCAUCAACAACAUUUAUGCACUUGAAAAGUCUAUUGGGGAAACAUUAUGAGGAUAAUCUGUUCUAUUAUCAUAGGGAACAUCCAGGGUUAGAGUUCGUUAAUGACGCUUCUCGUAAUGCCAUUGCUUUCGAAAUUGACACUAACACCACUCUCUCUGUGGAAGAAUUGGUUUCAAUGAAUUUGAAGCAAUAUAUGGAAAGAGCUAACCAAUUAUUGAAAGAAAGUGAUGAUAGUGACAACGUUAAAUCUGUGGCUAUCGCUAUUCCAGAAUACUUCAGUCAAGAACAAAGGGCUGCAUUGUUAGAUGCAACUUAUCUUGCCGGAAUAGGACAAACUUAUCUUUGCAAUGAUGCUAUUGCAGUUGCAAUUGACUAUGCUUCCAAGCAGAAAUCGUUUCCAGCGGGUAAGCCAAAUUACCAUGUUAUCUAUGACAUGGGAGCAGGGUCUACAACCGCAUCAUUAAUUUCAAUUUUACAACCAGAAAAUAUCACUUUGCCCCUAAGAAUAGAGUUUUUAGGGUACGGUCAUACAGAAUCCUUAUCCGGAUCUGUAUUAUCAUUGGCUAUAGUUGAUCUACUUGAGAACGACUUCUUAGAAUCCAAUCCCAACAUUAGAACAGAGCAAUUCGAAUCUGAUGCCAGUGCAAAAGCAAAGCUAGUCCAAGCGGCAGAGAAAGCAAAGUUGGUCCUAAGUGCCAACUCUGAUGCAUCUAUAUCGAUUGAAUCAUUAUAUCAUGAUUUGGACUUCAAAACUACUAUUACUAGAGCAAAGUUUGAAGAAUUCGUGGCAGAAUUACAAUCCGUUGUUAUAGAACCAAUUUUGUCCACGCUAGAAUCUCCAUUGAACGGUAAAGCACUGAAUGUUAAAGAUUUGGAUUCUGUGAUAUUAACUGGUGGUUCUACUAGGGUGCCUUUCGUCAAAAAGCAAUUGGAAAACCAUCUAGGAGCCAGCUUAAUUUCUAAAAAUGUCAACUCUGAUGAAUCUGCCGUCAAUGGAGCAGCCAUUCGUGGCGUCCAAUUAUCCAAGGAAUUCAAGACGCGACCAAUGAAAGUCAUAGAUAGAACUACUCAUUCUUUUGGAUUUUCUAUUCAAAACACUAAUAUAUCAAAGCUUGUUUUUGAUGCAGGCUCCGAAUAUCCGAAAGAGAUCAAUUUACAAUUGCCAGGUAUGGAAUUAAAGGAUACUGUUUUGAAAAUUGAUCUAACAGAAGACGAAAGAGUUUUCAAAACUAUCUUUGCUGAUGUGGAUUCUAAAUUGCAAUCUUCGAGCCUAUCCAAUUGUUCGACCGCUGUGACAUACAAUGUAACUCUCUCGUUAAACACCGAUCAAGUAUUCGACGUACAAAGCGUCGUAGCCUCUUGCCUGACUCACGAGGAGGUCCCCACAGGAACUGAGAAGGAGCACAAAAGAACAGUUUCAGAACACAUACAAAAACACCCUAUCCCUCAUACUGUGGAGUUCACAUGUGUAAAACCGCUCUCAAACACGGAGAAGAAGGAAAGGUUCAACAAGCUUCACAAGUGGGAUCAGAAAGAUAAACUUCUUUUGGAAAGACAACGAUUACUCAAUGAUUUAGAAGCUUCACUUUACGCUGCUCGAGAAUUGGUUGAAGAUGCGAAAGAAUUAGAGACCCCACCAACAUCAUACAUUCAACAAUUAGAGAAUAUGAUAACUCAAUACUUAGAGUUUGUUGAUGAUCCUUCUUCGCUCAGGACAAAAAAUAUCAAAACCAUGAAGAGUAAUCUAGCCGAGUUACAGCAAAGAUUAGAGAUUUACAUGGAUCGUGAUAACAAACAACUAGACGUGGAAGGAUUUAGAGCAUUAUUUGACAAAGGUGAAAAGUAUCUGGAAUUGUUGUCAAAAAUUCAACAAAAAAGUCUCAGUGAACUUUCACCUUUGAACAAAAAUUUUGAGAGCUUGGGUCUUAAUGUUAGUGAAGAGUAUACGAAAGUGAAGCCUCCAAAGUCGAAGACCGUGCCAUUUGAAAUUUUAAAUGGGACAAUAGAUCUCUUGCAUUCUCAAUUAAAGCACAUCAGGGAUAUUAUUGAAGAUAAUAAUUCCACGUAUGCUAUUGAGGAUUUAUUUGAACAGAAACUUGAGGUCGAUUCGUUAUAUGAAAAGAUUGAACUUUUGGUGAAAAAAAUAAGAGCAGAGCAUAAGUACCGUUUGAAGUUGCUUCAAUCCGUUUAUGAUAGAAGAUUGACUGCUCAAAAGAGAGAACAAGAAAUUGCCAAAGAGGCUCAGCAAGCUGACGGUGAAAAUAACGAUUCGAUUAAAACCAUGGAAGAAGAGUCGAUAGAGGAGCAUGAAGAUGCUAAUUUUGAACAAGAUGAAUUAUAA